AUGGCUCGACUCAGCAAUAUCUCCGUCGUCGUUCCUCUUCCAUCCUUUGACAUCAACCCCCUGAAGAAAUUUGAUGAAAACUUCUUUGAUCGUGCUAUUGACGACAUCUUGUCUGAGGAAGCGAGCAUUGAAGGAUCCCGAGACGAGAUGAUGGACGGCGACAUUGACAUCUCGAGCCCCUUCGGAAACCGACGCCGAGAAAAUCUUCGAGAAAAAGAGAAGCAUAUGACAAUGGAAGAUAACAAUAGUAAUGAUAAAGCUCCUGUGAAUCCCGAAAACGUCACACGACCUCAGCACGAAAAUGAAGUCAUAAAAGUUCAGUCCUGUCCCAUCCACGAGGCCGGUGAUCACCCUUCUACACUUUCCGGAAUCACCGAGUCCCCCGCACUGCCGAUUGAUGACAGUGAAAGGACGGUCGAAGACACGAUAUUCGAUUCAGUGGGUCUAGAAAAGAGGAUUGAGGUAUUGAAGUUCAUCGCAUCACGUCCUUUCAUGAUAAAACCGGUUCAACCGGUUCGACGUUCGGACAGACGAGAAUUCAAUAGCCAACUGCGCAGUGUCGCUGCAGAGGCUGGACUGGGCGACACAGCUAUCGAUGCUUUGAUCGAGCACGUUCGAGGCGUUUACCUUGAGGAGCUUGGAAUUGUGGCAGCAGAAUAUGCCGGCUCUGCAUUUGGGGAUGAAGUGGACGGCGAGGAAGACACAUACACCGAGCGCUCGCACCGAAAACGGCGUAACAGCAGCUCCGGUCACACCGAGGACGAUGAGCAUAAGAAAAACAAGAGGCGUCACUCGGAUCCGGCAAAACCGCACAGCCACGAUGCUCUGCAGCAUGAUGAGCCAACCAAGGUACUGAAAUCGUUCGAGGCAGAUGCUCUAGAAAGUGUCCCUACUGAAAUCCAGGACAAGGUUUAUGUUGAGCCGGAUGAACUGAAACGUAAGAACAACACACCGGAUCUACCCAAAAUGCCCACGAACUUCGUUCUGGGUAGCCCCAGUUCACCUAUCGACUUAACCGACGACUCUUCGCCCUAUGGCGAGUUUGUCUCUCAAUUCAAGUAUGUUUUGCUUCAAAAGGAACGUGUUGAUGCCAUCGGGGAGUUCAAAGAUCUUGACAAGAGCAACGAAGAAACUCUUACACGUCGCUUGUCACUUGACGCCCCGAAAGAGGAUAUGCAUGAGACCCGAUCGCCUGAAAAAGUGGUCGAAAUAAAGCCGUCGAAGCGUCGUGACUCAAGCAAAGAAUCAAAGAUAGAAAGAAACCGACGCAAGCGCGAACGGAGAAAGUCGCGCAACAAACAUUACAUGAAAGAUGACUCCGCUGGUGGAGCAGAGAAACAGCCUGAAGGCCAUUCCGCCGAUGGGGCAUAUAAAGACCGAAUUCCGCCUUCCACUCCGCCGCAAACCUCUUCUGAGAGCCUUAAUGGAAGUAAUGCAAGCAAACGAAGCUCCGGUCAGCUCCCGCUACCCGCCGAUCCAACUCUAGCCGACAACUCCAGAGUUGGCUCGAAACGUAAGCGGGAAACGGCUUCCUCGCUGUACAAUUUGUCUAUCCCCCCUCAAACCCGAAAGCUGUUGAAAGAUUUGAAUCUGCCCUCGGACUUCUUGUCGUCGGAUUCUUCCUUGAGUGAUGCACCGAGUGAUUUUGAUUUUGAUUCUGAUUGGGAUGAUCUAGAACGUCAUCCGUUGCAUAUUCAUAUCAAUAUAUCCCCCCCUAAAAGCCCAUGUCUUGUCCCCCAAUGUACAAACCCUGAGCCUGAAACUCCGGUGAAAUGCACCUCUCUCGUUAAUCCAGAACGCGUUAAAACCCCUCAAGCCAAAGCCCCGAAGCAUUCUCCUUAUUUCCCACCUGUGCUAGUUAAUUCCGAAUCUUGCCUCCCGUUUCCCCCUAUCGAUGGGUCUUCUUUCGGACUCAUCCAGGAACAGCUUGCACACGACCCCUUUCGUUUACUCAUUGCAACCAUUUUUCUCAAUCGAACCCGCGGUGGUGUUGCCCUACCGGUCUUGUUCAAGGUUUUUGAACGAUAUCCUACGAUCGAGGCAAUGGCAGAAGCAGACUCACCAGAACUCGUAUCGAUGAUAAACUGUUUGGGUUUUCAAAACCAGCGUGCAAGGAAAUGCAUUACAUUGGCACAAACAUGGCUAUCAGACCCCCCGGACAAAAGAAAAAGAUAUCGCAAGCUCCACUAUCCACGAAAACUGGACGGUCGAAAUGUUGGUCGUGAAGAAUGCAUUGAUGAAGAUGAUUUACGAGUCGCAUGGGAGAUUGCACAUCUACCCGGAGUUGGAGCAUAUUCCCUUGAUAGCUGGAGGAUUUUCUGUCGCGAUGAGUUGCGGGGGAAAGCCUCCGAUUGGAAAGGGACGGAUGCGACAGAGGUCGGGUUUGUGCCUGAAUGGAAAUGCGUUCUACCACAGGACAAGGAGCUACGUGCCUAUCUUACAUGGAUGUGGCUGAAGGAAGGAUGGAUUUGGGAUUACAACACGGGUGACUUGACACUCGCGAGCGACAAGAUGAUGAGAGCUGCGCAGAAUGGAGGGGUCGCUCAUGAAGAAGAGGGGAGUUGGGUACUAGAGACAUCCCCUGUCAAGGCAGUGAAUGGAUUGCAUGAAUCGGAUUGA